GUGCCCUCUCGGCCCGUUGCACCGCGCCGCGGGAAGAUGGCGCAGGAGGCAGGCGACAUGGAAGAUGGGCAACUUUCUGACUCGGAUUCCGACAUGACGGUGGCACCCAGCGACAGGCCGCUGCAGGUGCCGAAAGCACUAGGUGGGGACUGUGCAGUGAGGCCCUUCCAGAGUACUGCAACAGUGUGUGCUCCGGUAUCACAUUAUCGGACUGUUAAAAGUGUGGAUUCAAGUGAGGAGAGUUUUUCGGAUUCAGAUGAUGAUAGCUCUCUCUGGAAGCGCAAACGACAAAAAUGUUUUAACACUCCUUCCAAACCAGAGCCUUUUCAGUUUGGCCAGAGCAGCCAGAAACCGCCUAUUGCUGGAGGGAAGAAGGUUAACAACAUAUGGGGUGCUGUGCUGCAGGAACAGAAUCAAGAUGCAGUGGCCACUGAACUUGGUAUCUUGGGAAUGGAGGGCACUAUUGACAGAAGCAGAGAAUCCGAGACGUACAAUUAUUUGCUUGCUAAGAAACUUAAGAGGGAAUCCCAAGAGCAUACAAAAGAAUUAGACAAAGAGCUAGAUGAAUAUAUGCAUGGUGGCAAAAAAACGGGAUCAAAGGAGGAGGAAAAUGGGCAAGGUCAUCUCAAAAGGAAACGACCUGUCAAAGACAGACUAGGAGACAGACUAGAAAUGAACUAUAAAGGCCGAUAUGAGAUCACAGAGGACGAUUCUCAAGAGAAAGUGGCUGAUGAAAUUUCUUUUAGGUUGCAGGAACCAAAGAAAGAUUUGAUAGCCCGAGUAGUGAGGAUAAUUGGGAACAAAAAGGCAAUUGAACUUCUGAUGGAAACUGCUGAAGUUGAACAAAAUGGUGGCCUUUUUAUAAUGAAUGGUAGUCGAAGAAGAACACCAGGUGGAGUUUUCCUGAAUCUCCUGAAGAACACUCCUAGUAUCAGUGAGGAACAAAUUAAGGACAUUUUCUACAUUGAAAAUCAAAAGGAAUAUGAAAAUAAAAAAGCUGCUAAGAAGAGAAGAACACAAGUGUUGGGAAAAAAGAUGAAACAAGCUAUUAAAAGCCUAAAUUUUCUAGAAGAUGAUGAUACAUCACGAGAGACUUUUGCAAGUGACACAAAUGAGGCCCUGGCCUCUCUUGAUGAAUCACAGGAAGGACACGGAGAAACAAAGUUGGAUGCAGAGGAAGCCAUUGAGGUUGAUCAUUCUCAUGAUUUGGACAUCUUUUAGGACAUUUUGAGAAAUAAGCCUUUCUAAGAUAACAUUGUAAUAAUCCAUUUCUACUGAGAUUGCUUUAUUUUACUUUGCACUGAUAAACCCAAAAAUCUGGAGAGAACUGUUGUCUUAAAUAAAAUUGAAUAUGUGGGAGAUGAAUGCAAUAAGAACAUUUAAAACUUUCUCAUGUCUGACAAAGUAUAUAGCAGAGGAUUUAAUUUCUCAGUCUAUUGCAUGUGCUAAUCAUUACUAGUUGAUAAUCAGUUUUGUCCAGGUCAUUAUAACAUAGCAUUCAAAAGUUUGUUUUCUUUUUCUGAUUUAUCUUUGCAGUGAAUUAUGAUUGGUUUCAAACAUUCCAUUAAAAGAUCCUAAGACCUAAAUUGUUAAGCUAUUACAAAUGCAUUCAAAUUUAGUUUUUCUGUGUUCUAAGAACUCUUAAGCAGUUUUAAUAAUAGAGACUAAAAAUAGGUUUAUACUAGUGGCUCUUCCCACUUAAGUUGUUUGUGCAGAAGUAAAUAAACAUCAGAAGCUUUUCAAAGAAGUAUCUGUGCUUAACUUUAACUUUGUUUUUGACCUCUUAUUAGUUACCUUGGUCAUAUGUUAAAUACUGAAUAUGAUCUAUACCUGCAUAAUUAUCAUGACAUUUAAAAAAUUCCCAGUGACAGCCUGCCUAAGACUGUUUUACCUUAUGUUAAGGAAGUUAGGUAUUAAAAAUGUUUCAUCUGCAUGAUGUUUAAAAUUAUUCAUUUUUAUUUAAGGAAAUAAAGGUAGUUUACUUAAGAUGUUCCAGGAGUUGACUACAGUUUACAAAAUAGAUUAAGCAAAAAUAUGUAGGGAGCAAUUAUUAGCUAUUCUUUGCAGCAGUGUACUUGAAGUCUUUCAGUAGUUUCUGAAAUACAUGAUCAUUGAUGUUGAAGCUAAGUAAGCAGGGAAAGAAAAGGAAAUGGUAAUUGGUUACGUUUUUUUCGUAAAGAAUGCAAAAAUAAAAGUGGAGUUCUGGCAGUCCUUAA